CGGUAGUUCAUUUGUGAUCGAGAACCCGAGGGAAAAACAGUGGUUUCAAUUUGAUUUUGAUUUUUAACCGAGUUGACAAUUAAAAAAAAAUUAUAGAAAAUGAGGGAAAUCGUGCACAUCCAAGCCGGCCAGUGCGGAAACCAGAUCGGAGCCAAAUUCUGGGAAAUUAUUAGUGAUGAGCACGGCAUCGACCCCACUGGUGCAUACCACGGAGACUCCGACCUUCAGCUCGAGAGGAUCAAUGUCUACUAUAAUGAAGCGUCCAGCAAAGGAGUUGGGAAAUACGUACCGAGAGCCAUCUUGGUCGACUUGGAGCCAGGCACCAUGGAUUCGGUCCGUUCCGGCCCGUUCGGCCAAAUCUUCCGUCCGGACAACUUCGUCUUCGGUCAGUCCGGAGCCGGAAACAACUGGGCCAAAGGUCACUACACGGAGGGCGCGGAACUCGUCGACUCCGUUUUGGACGUCGUUAGGAAAGAAGCCGAGAGCUGCGAUUGCCUCCAGGGCUUCCAGCUGACCCACUCCCUCGGAGGUGGUACCGGAUCCGGCAUGGGAACCUUGCUCAUCAGCAAGAUCAGGGAGGAAUACCCGGACAGGAUCAUGAACACCUACUCGGUCGUUCCCAGCCCGAAAGUCUCGGACACUGUCGUCGAACCUUACAAUGCUACACUCUCGGUACACCAGCUCGUCGAGAACACAGACGAGACCUACUGCAUAGACAACGAGGCCCUUUACGACAUCUGCUUCAGAACCCUGAAACUCUCCACGCCCACUUACGGUGAUCUUAACCAUCUCGUCUCCCUGACCAUGUCCGGUGUCACUACCUGCUUGAGGUUCCCCGGACAGCUCAACGCCGAUUUGAGGAAACUGGCGGUCAACAUGGUGCCCUUCCCUAGGCUUCACUUCUUCAUGCCCGGAUUCGCUCCCCUCACCUCCAGAGGAUCCCAGCAAUACAGGGCUCUUACCGUCCCCGAACUAACCCAACAGAUGUUCGACGCCAAGAACAUGAUGGCCGCCUGCGAUCCCAGACACGGCCGCUACCUCACCGUCGCUGCAAUCUUCAGAGGAAGAAUGUCGAUGAAAGAAGUCGACGAGCAGAUGCUGAACGUGCAGAAUAAGAACUCGUCUUACUUCGUCGAAUGGAUCCCGAACAACGUCAAGACCGCCGUCUGCGACAUCCCCCCGAGAGGUCUCAAGAUGUCCGCCACCUUCAUCGGCAACUCGACAGCCAUCCAGGAGCUGUUCAAGAGGAUCUCGGAGCAGUUCACCGCUAUGUUCAGAAGGAAGGCUUUCCUCCAUUGGUACACUGGAGAAGGCAUGGACGAGAUGGAAUUCACCGAGGCCGAAUCCAACAUGAACGAUCUUGUCUCCGAAUACCAGCAAUACCAGGAAGCCACAGCCGACGAAGACGCCGAAUUCGACGACCAGGAACACGAAGUCGACGAGAACUAAGAUGUUUAGGCCCACACUUAAUAAAUAAAAAAAGACCAAAAAUUUAUUUAAAAAAAGCAUAUAAAACUAUAUUAUAUUGCAAAAUACUGCUUUGGAAAAAAAAAAUCCCAUAACGCUUUUCUACAGACACGGAUUUCGAGGAUAGGCGUAUGAGCCUUUUUCAGUCUUUUUUGGCUCCCAUAGGGCCUUUUCAACUAAUUAAAAUAAAAAAUUUAAAAAAGUGUAUAUUUUCUUUUUAAUAUAAGCAUAUAUAAAAA